AUGUCUGCCGGACCUGCAAGUCCUGCAGGCUCCUCCACACUGGGACCUCCUCCAGGUUCUCCGCCUGCUGAUGUGUGGGCGGAGUCGUUUCCCAUGCUUGUCAAUCGAUUGCUAGAUCCUGCAGACCCGCUCGCUCAGAAACACUGGCAUCUUCAUCUUACGUUGCGGUAUCGUAUGGAAAACGCCUUUAUUGCCAGAGGUGACAAGCCAGUCUCGCGAUGUGAGCACGUGGUCUUUGAGGGGUACCAAGGUGGCCGAUCCGAUGAAUUGGCCUUUCAACAAAAUGAAGACCCCGUCCUGAUACAUCGUAUUGACCCCACGUUCCGUGGAGAAACUGCGGCGGAUCGGUUGCAGUCUAUGUGCCCCGAAGUUACAAAGGUCCAUUUUCAGGUAUUUGGUGUUGCUGGGUCAGGCACUUUCGGUACGGUGUUCGUCGCCCAGGAGCGCGGCGAAGAAGGCUCUGACCCUAGAGCCUUAAAGUACGUUGCUGUCAAGGCAGAACGGCAUAACACUUUACUUGCGGACCGCAUGGAUGAUCGCUACAGUCCCGGCAUGGUCUUGCUUCACGAGAAGUCUGAAGAGCUGCAUUAUAUCCCCGUCGAGGCAUUCAUUCUCUUUUUAUUAACCACAAGUGACAGGUUUCCUACUCUCGAUUCUGUCUAUGUCCAUGACCAGUACCAGGCCAUUGUCAUGUCCUCCUGCGUCGACAUUACCCCGGAUAUGGACCCAAACUCCUAUCCCUCCGGUGCGAUAUUUAAACCAUUCCAGGGGCAGUAUUUGAUAAAUCUGGAUCAUACACCCCUUCUAGAUGAGAUGGAAGCCUGUAAGGUUGCUUCGCAUCUCCUACAAGGGAUGUUAGAAUUGGCAGACAUGAAUCUCUACCACAAUGACAUUUCCGUUCUCAACUUCGUCGUUGGUCAGGAUCUGAGUGUUACAAUAUUUGACGUGGCAAAUUGCGCGUUUGGAUUCGAAGAGGAGGAUUAUAUAGCUCCGUGGAGCUACCUUCCUUUUCAGGAGUACCAAAUGGCGCCUGAACUUGCCGAGUCUUUGGCUCAUGUCGGAUGGUUUAAAAAGCGCGUUCGAUACUCAGAUGACUUGCGCAAAUGGGCGAUGUGGAAGCUUGGUGUAAUCAUCUAUGGGAUUCUUCACGGUUAUUGGCCAUGGGACACUGAGCGAGACGGGCACGUUAAUCUGCUCGAUUGGUAUAAAGUACCUGGCGAGUCAGAAGUCACAAGGGUCAUUAGAAGAAGAAAAAGAAUCAUGAAUGACCCAUUGCCUCUUAAUGAGAGCCUUAGCCAAGACUGCAAGGAUGUGCUUCAAGCUAUGCUAGCUAAGAACCCAUAUGAUCGACCAGCGCUGCGCGAGCUAGCAUCCAACUUUCCCUGGUUCAGACAAUGGACGUAUGCGAAUCGGGUCUGGAGACGUCCAUUUUCACAAAGAUUUUAUAACGAGUGUUGGAAGAAGGAUGACACUGUGAAAGAGUCGCCCUCCAAAGAGCACGUCUAA